AUGAGGUCGAUCGUGCAGAGUAAGUGUUGACCAAUGUCUUCUUCUCACCAGCUUCCACCUGGACCACUGUGGUGGAAUGCCCUGGUUGCAGCUUCAAAGGGAGAACCUUGAUGACCCAUGCCACCCAGGCCAUCUACUGCUGUCGGAUUAAGUCAAAGUCAGGUAGGCAACACUCCUACUUGUUUUUUAUUAUUAUAUAUUUUUGAAGGAGUGGGGCAGUCCCAUUCCUAAUGUAUUUUAUUGGUUUUAUUGAACAGAUAGGACAGUGGCGAGAUGACAGGAAAGGAAAGAGAGUGCGAGUCAGAAGGGAAUGGGUUGGAUUCUAAUGCCGACUCGGGUAUAUAAUAAUUCAUUUAAUUUGUCAAGCGUUUUUCUCACACCCAAGGCACUACAUAGAAAAAAUAUAUAUAUAAUAAUAAAAACAAUCCAAAACACAGAACAUAGAACACAGACAACAAUCAAAGCUAUAUACAGGUGUCGUCAGAUCCGGAGGACACGAGAACAGAAUUAGCAGAGGUCCUUGAAAGCUUUCUGAACAGCACAGUCUUGAGCUGUGCCUUAAAGGAGGACAGAGACUCUGCAGCCAUAAUGCUGUCUGGAAGUGCGUUCCACAGCUGCGGAGCCGUGCAACUGAAAGCCCUGUCACCCAUAGUUUUUAGUCUGCUGCGGGGCUGCUGAAGGGAGGCGGAAGUGCGAAGGGUGCGUGUGGGGCAGGAGGGUAGAAUGAGGUCAGACAUGUACUUGGGUCCAGAGUUGUGGAUAGCUUGGUAGGUGUGAACCAGGAUUUUGUAGUCAAUGCGUGAGCAUAUGGGGAGCCAGUGGAGGUUGAACAGCACUGGAGUGAGGUGUGGUGAGGACACGUGCAGCACAGUUCUGGACAUAUUGUAGCCUGUUUAGGCACAUGGCAGAUGCGCCUAUAAAAAGGGCAUUACAAUAGUCCUGACGGGAUGAAAUAAAGGUGUGGAUGAGUCGCUCAGCUGCAGGUUGUGAUAGCAUAGGUCUUAACCUGGCAAAAAAUAUGGAAAAUGAGACUUUGGUCAUACUCUUGAUGUUGGCCUCAAACAAAUGCUGACUGUCAAAUAUCAAACCCGGUUUGUGAAACUCACUGGAGGGGAGGACCUUGACACCAUCAAUAUUGAGGCUGUAGCUGCUGGUGUUGUUUAUGAUGGUGCGAGUGCCAAUCAGGACGACAGGAAAACUCCAUGCUUUGAUGUCCUGCAGGCAGCUGACCAGGAGUGCAUUGGCAGUGUCAGUGUUUGUGGAGACAUACAGCCGAGUGUCGUGUAUGUGUACUGGGGUCUGUGGCGCUAACUGCUAGACCACACAGGCCACAUCAUUCAUAGGAGUUUUCUCCUUACACAGUGUUCCUUUAUGGCAGAGCUGCCCAAGUCUAGUGAUCGAGGCCCACAGUGUCUUUGAUUUCUAUUUCAUGUCAAUAUUUGUCACUCUGUCGUUCUAUUUCUGCAGACGACAUGCUAUACACAGAGACCGACCUGGAGGGGAGUAUGGACAAGCUAGAGACCAUCAACCUUCACGAGGUGAAGUAGGUGGCUGGCAUCAAUUUCUGGUGCUGCCACACCGGGCACGUCCUUGGUGCAGCCAUGAUCGAGAUUGCUGGAGUUAAGGUAGGGAGUGGAUUGAAGUAUUGUGAUGAUUGAACUUCUUAAUUUGUGUUUAGGUUUCCUCUGAAGUACACAACUGUACACAAUAUACUGUAUGAUGUGAUAUUGUUAUUGUGUUAGUUAUUCUAUUCCUUUUUUAUUCUAUUCUAAUGCCUGUCUCUGGUAAUCACAGUCCUCUGUAUUGGGGAUGAAUUAUUCAACAACAACAAAAAAUCUCUCUCUCCCUAGCUGUUUUCUCUCGCCAGGAGGACGGUCAUCAUGGCUGCCGAAAUCCCCAGUAUCAGACCUCACAUCCUCAUCAUAUUACGGAACCAAUAGUCAGUAAGCACUGUGAUAUUUUGUCCACACAUUGGCAGAUGGGUUCAAAGUUCAUCUCUCUCUCUCUCUCGUCCACAAAUGGCAUGCACAUCCACGAAAAAAGGGAGGAGCGCGAGGCUGGCUUCUGUAACACGGUCCAUGGCAUAGUGAACAGGGAAGGCCGCUGUCUCAUCCCCGUGUUCGCCUUGGGGAAGAGCCCAGGAGCUGCUGCACAUCCUGGGUGAGACCUUCCGCCUCAAGCGCCUCUGCGUUAUGGUCAAAUGGUUCUGACUGAAAAUACCUAACAUUUCUCCCUCCCCUCUUAUUACACAUUGAAUAUAAACUGGAGGCUCCGGUUGUGUUUUCUCUGUAGAUGUGUAUUGGCAGAACCACCCUGAGCUCCAUGAUAUAUCUACUACGUCUCUCUGGCCAAGAAGUGCAUGGCCGUCUACCAGACCUACGUCAAUGCCAUGAACGACAAGAUCCGCAAAGCCAUCAACAUCAACAACCUCUUUGGCUUUAAGAACAUCAGCAACCUCAAGGUUAGAGGAACUCUUAGGAGGAUACUUACCUGUAGGUUUUCUUCUCUAAGGAGAAUGCUACAAGCACACACUCGUAAUGCUAUGUUUGACAGGUAGAAUAUGGUCGUUAUGUCCAUAUUCCAUAUAUGGAUCAAUAUGUCUGGCUUAUCUGUUUUCAACCUAGUUAGCUUGGGAGACACCACUUAAACCCUCUCUCAAUGAUGAACCUAUGUCCCAGACUCGAGCAUCCCCCGUCUCUGACUUCUCGUCCCCACUCUGUCUCUCCAGAGCAUGCACCACUUUGACGACAUAGGUCCCAGUGUGGUGAUGGCGUCUCCAGGUAUGAUGCAGAGCGGCCUGUCCAGGGAGCUGUUUGAGAGGUGGUGCACCGACAAGAGGAAUAGAGUCCUCAUCGCUGGCUACUGUGUGGGGGGAACCUUGGCCAAGGUAAGAUUGACUUACAUAUUGGUCGCAUUCAUUAGGCAACAAAUGGAGAGAAAAAAACUGACUGAAAUAGGGAGGGACUAGUCCGCUACUUGUCCAAUAAGAAACACUUGUUUUCGUUUUAUGUGCCCUAAUGAAUAUGACCCUGGUUUCACUUCAGUUGUUCAAUGUCUAUGUAGAUCCCAUUUUCAGGACAUACAGGCUAUUACAAUCAUUCUAAUUGUCUUUUAUCUCUGUCUGUCAUGUGUGGUCUCUAGCACAUCAUGUUAGAGCCAGAGGAGAUCGACACCAUGUCAGGGCAGAAGCUGCAGCUGAAGAUGUCUGUGGAUUACAUCUCCUUCUCAUCUCUGGCCAUGCAGUCAUGGGUGAACAGAGAGUACAGGAGGGGACUGAGCACGCACCUCUGAGGGGCCCCCGGGUUGAGGAUCAGCAUGGCAGAUGUGUUGUUAUCUACCCUUACCACCUGGGGGCGGCCCGUCAGGAUGUCCAGGAUCCAGUUGCAGAGGGAGGUGUUUAGUCCCAGGGUCCUUAGCUUAGUGAUGAGCUUUGAGGGCACUAUGGUGUUGAACGCUGAGCUGUAGUCAAUGAAUAGCAUUCUCAUGUAAGUGUUCCUUUUGUCCAGGUGGGAAAGGGCAGUGCGGAGUGCAAUAGAGAUUGCAUCAUCUGUGCAUCUGUUGGGGCGGUAUGCAAAUUGGAGUGGGUCUAGGGUUUCUGGGAUAAUGGUGUUGAUGUGAGCCAUGACCAGCCUUUCAAAGCACUUCAUGGCUACAGACGUGAGUGCUACGGGUCGGUAGUCAUUUAGGCAGGUUACCUUAGUGUUCUUGGGCACAGGGACUAUGGUGGUCUGCUUGAAACAUUGGUAAUACAGACACAGUCAUGUCCUGGUAAUACGUCUGGCCCUGCGGCCUUGUGAAUGUUGACCUGUUUAAAGGUCUUACUCACAUCUGCUACGGAGAGCGUGAUCACACAGUCAUCCGGAACAGCUGAUGCUCUCAUGCAUGCGUCAGUGUUGUUUGCCUCGAAGCGAGCAUAGAAGUAAUUUAGCUUGUCUUGUAGGCUCGUGUCACUGGGCAGCUCGCGGCUGUGCUUCCCUUUGUAGUCUGUAAUGGUUUGCAAGCCCUGCCACAUCCGACGAGCGUCAGAGCCGGUGUAGUACGAUUCAAUCUUAGUCCUGUGUUGACGCUUUGCCUGUUUGAUGGUUCGUCGGAGGGCAUAGCGGGAUUUCUUAUAAGCGUCCGGGUUAGAGUCCCGCUCCUUGAAAACGGCACCUCUACCCUUUAGCUCAAUGCGGAUGUUGCCUGUAGUCCAUGGCUUCUGGUUGGGGUAUGUACGUACGGUCAUUGUGGGGAUGACGUCAUCGAUGCACUUAUUGAUGAAGCCAGUAACUGAUGUGGUGUACUCCUCAAUGCCAUUGGAAGAAUCCCGGAACAUAUUCCAGUCUGUGCUAGCAAAACUACCACAUCCUCACCCCCUCAGACCUCUCUAGUGAGUACUGGACCACUAAUAUAUGUUACAGUAUGUUCAUAUUAGCAUGUAUAGCUAAGUCAUACAAUCAUACAGUCUUUUAGCCUGGGUUGCCAGUCUGUUUCUGCUUUAGCCUAGCUGGCAUUGUCUAGCCAAACAAGGUAACAAUGCACUGUAGUGUUGUUAACAGGCUAAGGUUCUCACGUAUUUCUCACAAUGGAGCCUGGUUCUUCUGACUGUAUCCAUAAUGUUUCCUAAACUACCCAGACCUGGCCAUGAGCACAGUGAAACAGACCCAGGCCAUCCCAUUCACUGGACCACUCAUAAGAUCUUCAAGAACAUCACACUGGUGCAUGAGGCAGGCAUGGUGACGCUGGAGGUGAGCAGGCAGUCUGUUGUAGUCUGGGUCUUGUUCAUUAAGCACCAAACGGAAGAGAAUGGACUGAAACAGGGAGGGACUACCUAGACUUAACUAACGUUUUCUGUUGCAAAAUAUUUUCUGUCACAUGCCCUAAUGAACAUGACCCUGCAGUAUCAAUAACAAUAUAUUUUAUUUGGUGAACAAUUGUGGUGUCUGAGAUUGGUGAGAAACUGGAAUGUUUACAUCCAUGUUUCUCUGUCAUCCACUAGUGGAUUGCCAACCCGUUGAAUGACAUGUACGCUGAUGCAGUCACUACUUUUGUGUUGGAAAUCCAGUCCAACCCUAAAGCUCAGAAAGGUAUGGCCAUUGACUUUGACCUUUACCAGUAUCCACUUGCCUUUCUUAAUUGCCCCUGA